AUGUUGUUUCAAUUCAACUAUCAAUUCUUGUCUCGCAAACAGUUUAAUAUUACGCCCGCUGUAACGGCAACAAAAACAAAUAAUGCAUGUCAAAAGCUAAAGUCUCCAGAAGUGGAUGGUCCAGUUGAUCAUGUUGCAUUUGUCAUUCAUGGCAUUGGUCAGCAAACAGAAAAGUUUGGAUUCUUUCAAAAGCACUUGCAAGGCCUGUUUGAUACAACAAAUCACGUUGUGGAAGAAAACGCGCCUCAUAGACAGAUCAAUGUCCAGUAUGUCCCUGUGGAGUGGCACAAGCACAUUCAUGAAGAGACUGACAUGGCUAUGGAUGAUAUCACUUUGCGGUCCAUCCCUUCCAUGCGCAUGGUCAAUAACGACUAUCUUGCAGAUGCCUUCUUUUAUCUCUCCAAAGAGCGAGGUCAAAGCAUCAUUACUCAUGUUACAAACACCUUUAAUGCAGCCUACAAUCAAUUUAUAAAGACUAAUCCAGGGUUCAGCGGCAAGGUGGUCAUUUUAGCUUACUCGUUAGGUGGCAUCAUUACAUGGGAUAUACUCUCAAAUCAAGCAAGGCCUGGCACUACAAAGAAAGAUAUUCAGCAGCACUCAAAACUGGAUCUUGACUUUCCUGCCUUGCAUUUCAAACCUGAUUACUUAUUCAACCUGGGGAGCCCCCUGAGCGCCUUCUUGACAGUCAGAAACCAAGACCCCAAAUUAUACCAUCCUGAUCCAAGCAUUGUAUUUGAAAAUAUAUUCCACCCCUUUGACCCAUUGGCUUAUCGGUUUGAGCCCAUGCUCCAUAUUGACUACAGGGACAAGACUGCUGUAUUGAUAGAGGACAGUGCUGCCACCAAGGGGGAUCGUCGUCAACAAGAAUGUCUUUACAGAAAUAACAACAUGGAGUUGCAGCAAAUCCUUGGUGGCAAUAACGUGAGCAGCUUGUUCUCAACCCUUAAACGUUAUUUCUCUUCUGGUGCUAAUAGAAGCAACCCCUUUUCCUUCUCCCCUUCCAAACAGCAGCAACAACAAGAUCGGGAUGCUUCCAUUUCCGCCACCUCCACGCCAAAGCUUUCGCUGGAUUGCAGUACAGAAUAUGGAGAUGAUGAAUUUGAAGAUGAAAGCAUCACAACACCCAUUAACACGAUGGAUGCUGAUCCAUUCAUCUACGCACAAGCAGACGCUAUGAUGACUGGCAGUAGCAACUAUGAUCAAAAGAAGCGUAACUCAUUUGUGCUGGAAGAAGGAAAUCAGACACCCGAGAAGAAAAGGAGACGAAAAAGCUACACUCAGGAUGAUCACCUUGUUUUAAACACUACCAUUACGAAAUCGAGUCGAGCAGUGUCCCAUGCUAGUACUGGCUGUAGCAAUAGAAUUGAUUAUGUACUGAGACCAGAACGCUUUAUGGGGUUCUUGCAAAAGAACGAGUACGUCAGUGGUCUUACGGCUCACUUCUCCUACUGGACAAACAGGGAUUUGAUGUGGCACAUUGUUCGUCGACUCGAGCCUGAUGUAUAA